UUAAAAAAUGUUCUUUUAGUUUGUGUCAAUGUACUAUACAACGUUAUUAAAAGUGUAUGGUUCAUGGCAAAGUAAAAGUUAAGUUUUGUGAUUAGUUUUAUAAACAUUUUAUAUAUAAGUAGGAUUAAUCGUCAGUGCAUUAAACAAAUCAUUUAUAAAAAUAUAAAUACGGUGGAAAGAUAUUUAUCAUAAAAAGUGAAUAGAGGAAAUAAAAAUUAGCGUAAUAAAGUGAAAAAUGGCAUUAAUUAGAAGAGCAACUCAUGCUGGUAGUUGGUAUGCAGGUUCUGGAUUGGACUUAAAUAAACAAUUAGAAGGUUGGUUGGGUGCAGCAGACUUAUCACAUGGACCUGCUAGGGCAAUAAUUGCCCCACAUGCAGGUUACAGCUAUUGUGGAGCAUGUGCUGGUUUUGCAUACCGCCAGAUUAGUCCUGUUGUAGUGCGCAGGAUUUUUAUUCUUGGUCCAUCACAUCAUGUCAGAUUAGCAGGCUGUGCUCUUUCUUCUGCAUCGAUUUAUCAAACUCCAUUGUAUGAUCUACAUAUUGAUCAGCAAGUGUACAGAGAACUUGAAGAGACUAGACAUUUUGAGUGGAUGGAUUUAAACACAGAUGAAGAAGAACAUAGCAUUGAAAUGCAAUUGCCAUUUAUUGCGAAAGUUAUGGAAGGGUUUAAAGAUUCUUUCACAAUAAUUCCUAUACUAGUGGGUUCAUUAAGUCCAGAAAAAGAAGCACUCUAUGGAAGAUUAUUAGCACCAUAUAUGGCUGAUCCACAAACAUUACUUGUUAUAUCUUCGGAUUUCUGUCAUUGGGGACAGCGUUUUCGUUAUACCUAUUACGAUAGAUCCUGCGGCCCCAUUUAUAGAUCUAUUCAAAAUCUUGAUAAAAUGGGUAUGGACAUUAUAGAAACAUUAAAUCCUACAAUGUUUACCGAUUAUCUUAAAAAAUAUGGUAAUACAAUAUGUGGCCGACAUCCUAUUAGUGUUCUUUUACAGGCAAUUCAUACUUUAAAAGGGAAUACUAAUGGCCAAAGAAUGAACUUGAAGUUUCUUAAAUAUGCUCAAAGCAAUCAGUGCAAUAAUAUGAAUGAUAGUUCUGUUAGUUAUGCCAGUGCUUCCUUGGUUCUUGAGUGAUACAGUAUACACUUUUAUUGUUGUUCAGAGGAUUUGCAGAAAGAAAGUACUAAGAAAAAAACGGCAGUAAUAACCUAUUAAUCAUAAAGAUGCAUUAAUUAUAAUUUUUAAAAAAAUUGUUUUAUAUUUAAAGAGAAAAAUAAUGACAUUUAAAAUCAAGUUGCAAUUUACUAUAUCGUGUGAAAUUUUCUCAAUUGCUUGAGAAAGAAUAUAUUAAUAUUUGCAAUGAAUGUGAUGAGUAGAAACGUACUAUCGUCAAAUUUUUGCUUUAAAAAUAUUUCGGUUUAUUACUUACAAGAAAUAAUCAGUACUUCCAAAUUUCUAUUGUGGAAGGAGCUUAAGUAUUUCUUUGCUUUGAUUAGUACUACAAUUACAGAAAUAAUAAUAUAUAAAGUGCAGUUCAUAUACACUAAAAAGGCAGAAAGUUCAAUCUAUUGAUGGAACAGGGAAAGACUCAAUCUAAAGAGAGAAAAAGGAAGAUAUUCAACUAUUAAUUUAUCUGGUCGAUUUUAUUAUAUCUUUAAAAAUUGUAUAAGAUAACAAAAUAUAUUGAACAUUGAUGUUAUUAAUUUAAAGUUUUAGAGAAAUAACCUAAAAAAAUAACGAAAACGGAAUAAUUAUAUUUUGUCUAUUAAAUGUUAAAGCAUUAAAAUAUUUAUGAAUUAUGUUUUAAAUAUAGAAAAAUGUUUAUUACAAUGGAUAAAUUUGACUUUGUUAGUUGUUAAUUGAAAACAUAUAUUAUUAAUAUAAAAUUAUUAUUUAUUUAAAAAUUUUAUUUUAAAUUUAAUUUAAUAACAUUUAACGCUUAUUUCUGAUUACUAAGACAAUAAAUGUUAAUAAAAUCAAUGAAUAGAAAAUACUUUGUCACAAAUUGCAUUAUUUAUCUCAGGGAUUUACACAAGCAUAAUGCUAAAACUUUAGAAUUAAAAUGUACCUCUUCUAGGUCAUUAGAAUGAACAGUCUGCACUGAUCAAUAUCAAGUGAAAUAUUCCAGGUAAAUAGUGUACAACUUAAUCACGUUCUCUUUAAAACAAAGCAAUGAAAUGAUCUCAUAUCCUUCCUACCCUACUAUCUUGUUAUUCCUCGUUAGCAUAAGAAAUUACAAACAAAUACUGUAUUGUUACAAUAUCAUAAUAUAAAUGUAAAGGAGGAUCAGUGUGGAAAAAUGUUUACACAAUAUAUUGUACCAUUAUUGAUAUUCUUUUGCUUUUGAUAAAAUACUAAUGUUAAAAGAAAACAUUUUCAUAUUAAACUAUAUGUAUGAUUUAUAAUUCAUGAAAUAUUGGAUAUGAUUUUCUUUUAUUAUUUUUUAAUUUUUCAAAGUGAAUUUAAAACUAAAUUCAUUGAUCCAUAAUAUGUGAAAUUAUAAAACUGGUCCUUCGAAUGUUACUUUUUUUAUCUUUGUACACUAAAUUGAUAAGAUAUGCAUUUGUAUGAAAAACAUAAAACAAUCCAUAUAUAUGUUUCAUAGUCGUGUAAUAAAUAAAAAAUAUAUAUAUAAAUUUA